AUGGGCUCCGGAUCUGACCCCCUCCUGCUACUGCAAUGCUCGGCGUCCACAUCCUCGUUCCCCGAGGCCACCCAUCUCGCGCUCUCCUCCUCGAUUACCGUCCCUAAGACCGCCCCUACAAGACUACGGCGACCAGGCUCCACUUCAACCGACCCCCAGAGCAACCCGAAUGACUUUGUCUCCACGGGCGCGGUCUACCUCGCAUGGCUUCUACGCGAUGUGUCCGUAGCGGAGUACAUGAAGCAAGUUCGGGAGAAUGGCCUACCGACAGGUUUCGUCAGUGUAACGGAGAGGAAGAAUGUCGUCGACUGGCUGGAGGACAAGACACAAAACCUCCCCAACCUGGUAUCUGCUGAACCUGUUUCUACAACACCGCCCGGUACACCUCCCCAAGUCCGAGGAGGAGCACCCCUGCCGACCCCUUCGUCUUCUCAUCGGAUAUCUGAGUCGACUUCAAGUGCUUUGAAGCGAAGAUAUGUCGCGGACACGGCCGAUAUUGAAGUGGUCAAGAAGAUCAAGCAGAACGAGAUUGAGCUCCAGGACCGGAACACGGUUCUCCGGGGAAUCAAGCCAAACAAUUUCCACUCCCUCAAGGAGUCGUUCGCAGAGAGACUCAAGAAGCUCAAAGAAGGGAGCAAGGGUGGCGCUUCCUUGUCGGCGUCCUCUAGCGGUGAUCUCAAGAUGCAGCCCAAGAAAGCCAAGAACUACUACCCCAUCAUCAUGAUCUCCUCGUCACCUACAUCCCUUGUCACGAUGCACAACGUAAAAAAAUUCCUCUCAGAGGCCGUGUUCGAGCCCUCACAAGACGCGCGAGCACGUGCGACCUCAGAGGGAAACGCGCGCCCUGAGGACAUGAUUCCCAUCUACCGGAAGCGUACGAUAAUUGACUCUUCUGGGCGUGAGACCGAAAUCCAGGCCAGAUACUUCGUUGUCGACAGCACGGAAGCACUUGCCAAGUUCGGGCCCGACGCGUGGGACCGUGUGGUAUGCGUUAUGACCACGGGUCAAGCUUGGCAGUUUAGACCAUACAAGUGGACCGAGCCGAAAGCCCUGUUCCACCACGUCAAAGGGAUCUACUUUACGUGGACGAACGACCCUCAGAACACGAAGAUCAAGGACUGGAAUGUCACCGAGCUUAAGAUCGAUCCACACCGCCGCCACGUGGACAAAUCCGUUGUGGCCCAUUUCUGGAGGAUUCUGGAUCAGUGGACGAGCGCAAACAAACCAUCACUCGUGCAGGGUUAA